AGGCUACAAAGUUUUUGCUUCACGUAUUAGUAUAAUAAUAUAGAUAAUGUGUUUAUUGUCAUCUUUUGCCUUUAACUAACAGUACAUUAUACAUUAUAUUAAUGAUAUAUAAACAAAAACCAAACAAAUUCCCACCAUUAGCACAACACACGAGUAGAGAGUGAGUAAAAAUAACUGAAAUUAAUAAUUUAACAUCAGGUUUUUUUACUCACUCAAAAUUUACAAAAAGGUAAUCAACUAAAACAAUACAAAAUACCUACUAUAAUUUAUAAUUAUUAUCCUGACAUUUGGUUACGGCAAACAUUAGAAUAGGAAAUCUAUCAUAUAAAUCCCGUUGUCUUUCUCGAAGAGAAACUGAAACUGGAGUAAUCACCAAAUCGACAAUAACAUUUCCAUCUUUUUAUGAAAUUUUCUUUUAAGUGUCGCGUGUAACCGUUAGAUGAACAUUAUGAAAAAUACUUUUAUUUAAGAAAUUAUGAAAUUUGUUCACAGCCAAUACUGAUUGUAUCCAAUAAAUUUUUGAAAGUGCCAAUAAUGUCAAUAAUAGAAUGAUCAAUUUUAUUUAAGAACCACAUAGAUUGCUCUGCAGCACGAAUAGAUCUCAUACCAAACUCAGGAAACUCUUAUGUCUAAAGGUGGAUGGAGAUCGUCCUCGGACAUCAAUAAGCAGUGUCACAGAGUUUAUGAUUAUAGCGUUAUUGAAGCAUUAGGCACAGCUUUUUGUAGAAAAGGUAUCAAAACAUGGAACAAACUUGAGAAGGCUGUUAAGCCUCUUGACGCACCCAUCGUCUCUAACCGAGAGUGGUCCUUUUAGCAAGAGCUAGCACAACAGUGAGUGUGAAGCUCUUCUGACGUGUUUAAUCCGCUUCAUUAAUCUUAUGCUCUCUCAAAAAUAUUCUGUAUAAAAUUAGGGAGACCAAUUAUUCUAUGGACAAUGUGCGCAUUAAGUCUAUCGCGAUGAAGGAUUGGGCAAUGGUACCCUAUGCGACGAGUCAGAAGAUUCUUAAUUGUGGUGGAUUGUGCAUGCAAUACUGUUAUAAUCUUUUACGUUGCGGGAUCCAAGAAAAUUGAAUUGUAGAGCGGAUUGCUGAACCCCGUCGUUCAGACUCAGGGUCUCAUCUGUAAAACCUGGAUUACAUGAGUUCCUGUGGCGGGAGCGAAUAAAAUGAGUUGAAGUAAUUAUUGCUACAGUAGGCUUAAACCAGUUCCCGCCAAGUAUCGCCAGUCACCAAGUUCGAUAGACACAUAAUUAUAAUACAGGCGACGCGUCGGUAUAAAUUGGCACUGGAGCCUUUCGUUGCGUAACUGUCGCCGACAUUAGGCGGUCUUGGACGUUCAGCGCACAAUUCACAAACUUAAUAGGUCGGCGCCAUCAUAAAUAUUGAAACGAGAGCUUCAAAUUGUGUAUUUGUUGCUGUGAUUCGUAGCCAAAUGAUAAAAAAAAACGGAAACCCUAUUAUAAAUGCGUCAUGUCCGCAUGUGAAGUGGAACAUAGACGAAUACACAGACCGAGCGUCCAAACAGAGUUCGCAUUAUAAGCUCCGUUAGUCUGUCUAAUUGUGCUGCUGCAGUGCUCCAGUUACUAUCGCUCGUAUUGUUGGUGUGACGUGUCUGGGGUUCAGCCUAGCUAACAGGAAACGGGUGGGCGCUGACUGCACCGCGAGCUACACGGCCCGUCUAAGGAGCACAGGACUAACUCAAAGACAUCGGUUGGACCGGAUUCACAACUGUGCAGUUUCUCAACUCGCUCUCGACACUACACAUACUAAUUCUAAUGAUGUCAACGGUCCUCAACACUUAAUUGUUUUGGUUUUAGAACAUAAAAUGUGAUGUUUUAAAUCGUUACAAAUGAGUCAUUCUGAUGUUACGCAUUAGAGUUCUGGAUAAGUAAUAUAGUAUUAAUUCGUUUGAUAUUUGUUUCUAUUUUAUGGCGGAUGCCGUUAUACACACCGGCAUAACAAUAUAUUAUGACCUCUAAACCUCUAAAUCUCUCAAAGGUUAUUAGAUAGUGACUCAUUUUUUUAUCGCACAAGGGCGAGACGUCAGCUUAGCGCCAGAUUGUUUCUAGGUUGUUUCGAGAGGAAGGGUGUGAGGCCACGUGGCAGUGAUAUGCAACACGAUGGAGAUUCUAUUCAUGUGCAACAUUUAUAUAUAUAUAUAAGUACACAUUUAGUUUAGAUCUUUUUUUAUAAUACUUUUAUUAAUUCGUGCUGUACAAUUUUUAUUUAUUUUCCUAGUGAUUUCACUUUUCUUUAUUGGUUACCACCUUUGAUUGGCUUUUUAUUUCUUUCUAUUUGUUGUUAUUCUAUUCUCUUAUGUUAAUUGAAGCUGUUAGUCCUCCCUGUAAUAAAACAUGAGAGUUGUGAGCGGCGCGUUGUUUGCUCGCAACAGUCGCGACAUUGCAGAGGAUGUAUUUAAUUACGAGGCAACAGAUAGUGCCUUAUCUGCCUGACGUUUGAUCGCCGCACACGCCGCCGCCGCCGCCGCCGCUCGUGUAGCGGGGGAGCUCUGGAACGUGUCGUCCACGUACCGAUCGAUGUGCUCAAAUAAAUUGACUAAACUUCACGUUGGCUUGUGCGAUGUAUACACACGCACCGCACCCCGGUACUGAACGCUUUCUUCGCGUGUUGAGGUGAAAGAGAUUUGACAGUCUUCCGAGAGAAGAGUAUUUUAAUUUAGUGGUCGCCUUGUGGCACUUACUUGCUGUGUGUCGAUUGUAAAAGGAGCGGCCGUGACUUAGUAACGACGCCGACGCCCGCUGUACUGUAGUGAGCUCCGUGGUGUGGUCCCGGGACAGGCGGGGUUCUUCGUGGCGCUGAAGCUGGUGGCUCUGGCGCAGGUCGGCAAGGACAUCACCAUGAGCAAUAUACACGCAGAGACGCCUCCUCCGAAGCUCGGCGAGCUGCCCAAAAUAUCGGCGUCAGGAUCUGUGCCCCCCGCGCGUCCCCCGGCGCCCGCCUCGCCCGCCCCCGCCCCCGCCCCCGCCGCGUCUCCCGCACUCGGCGACUGGAGCAUGAAGCCACACGAGCGGGACAAGUACAGCCAGCUCUUCGAUUCUCUGCAACCCACCAACGGACUCAUUCCUGGCGCUAAGGUGAAAGGUGUAUUGAUGGAGUCCAAGCUCCCUCUCGAGACGCUCGGCAAGAUCUGGGACCUCGCCGACCAGGACCGGGACGGCAUGCUCGACAGGCACGAGUUCAUGGUGGCGAUGCAUUUGGUAUACAAGGCGCUCGAGAAACACGCGGUGCCCACGAGCCUGCCCCCCGAGCUGCGGACUCGGCCCCCCCCUCGCCCUCCCUCGCGGCCCCCGUCGCGCCCCCCCUCGCGGGCCCCCUCCCCCGUGCAGACGGCCGCGCCGCCCCGACCCCCGCCGGCGCACUCCGCCCCCUCUAAUGCUGAUCUACUCGAGGGCCUACUCGACUUAUCAGAGGAUGCCGCACAAGUCCUGGCGGGCGGCGCGGGGGGCGGCGCGGCGGACGAGCGCUGGGAGCCCGUGAGCGAGGCGGAGCUGGCGGCGCUGGAGCCGCAGUUCGCCGCCGCCGACCGCGACCGGGACGGGUUCGUGUCCGGGGACGAGAUCAAGCACGUGUUCCUCACCUCGGGCCUGCCGCAGCACACUCUCGCGCGCAUAUGGGCGCUGUGCGACGCGGACGGCGCCGGCAAGCUGUCCCGCGUGCAGUUCGCCGCCAGCGUGCGCCUCCUGCAGCGCGCCCAGCGCGGACUCUCCCCGCCCCGCGCCCUCCCGCCGCGCGCCCUGCAGCCCCCCGCGCCCGCCCCCGCCGCGCAGCCCACGCCAGAGCUCGAGGCACUGGCGCGCGAGGUGGAGGCGCUGGGACGCGAGCGGCGCGCGCUGGAGCAGGACCUGGGCGACAAGCAGCGCGCGCUGUCCGCCGCGCACGCCGAGACGCAGGCGCUGCAGAGCGAGCUGGAGACGCUGACGGCGACGCUAAAGCAACUAGAGAACCAGAAGGGCGAGGCGCAGAAGCGGCUGCAGGACCUGAAGGCGCAGGUGGAGCGGCUCCGCGGGCAGGCCGCCGCGCAGGAGGCCGCGGCCGCCGAGACGGAGGCGGAGGUGGGCGCGCGCAGGGCCGCCGCGCUCUCGCUGGCCGCGCGCCACCGCGCCCUCACCGAUGACCUCGCCCUCAUGCAGGAGCGCGCCACCCUCGCGCUCGCCGCGCUGCCGCAAGCCGUGCUGGCGCUCAGCCAGGCCAAGAUCAAGAUCUCUCACCUGGAGGAACACUACCGCGCGCUGGAGGAAGCCUGCGACGCGCUGGAGCGGGGCGCGGCGUCGCACGUGCAGUUAGCGCUGCAGCCGCUGCACGCGCCCGCGCACCUGGAGCGCCUCGUGCGCGGAGCCACGCCCAACGACGCGCUGGAGGAGAAGGAAGAUAAAUUGUGCGCGAGUAAUGGCUUCGAGAGUAUGAACGGUCCGGCGUCGGAGCCCGACCCCUUCAGCGACUCGUCCGGCGCCGCGCACCCCCGCGACCCCUUCGCGCCCGCCGCCUCGCCCCAGGUCGGGUUCGGCGCGGACCCGUUCGCGGCGAGCGGCGACCCCUUCGCGAACGACGACUUCGCGCCCGCCGACCGACAGCACGACAACGGUGGCGACGGCGCCGCAUGGGACGCGGACCCCUUCGCCGUGCUGCACGCCCCCGCGCUGCCCCCCAAGCACGCCCCCGCGCCGCGCCCCGCCCCGCCGCGCCCCGCCCCGCCCCGCCCCGCGCCGCCCGCCAAGAACGACCGCGCGCCCAUGGACUUCACCGACGAUCCCUUCAAGGACUACAGGUACGAAGACCCUUUCAAUAUAGAGGAUCCCUUCUCGGACGCCAAGCGGCCCGUCUCCGUGGCGGGCUUCGAGACCGACGAGCCCUUCGCGCGCGUCCCCUCCCCCCGCCCCUCCCCCGCGCCGCCCCGCCUCCCCUCCGGCAGGGUGUCGGCGCCUCCCGUCGUCCGCAACCACAACAACAACAACAACGACGCCUGGCCAGCCUGGCCCGACGAGGGCGGCACGCGCAGCGCCUGGCCCGCCGACGCAGACUGGAAGACGGACAACUGGGCCAGCAAGACCGACGGCUGGACGACCGGAACCGACGGCUGGCCGGACAAGACCGACAACCGGACCGGCAAGCCGGCGGCCGACGGCUGGGCGCCGAACUGGCCGGACGCGGACGACAACCUCAACGAGACGUGGCCCGGCGGCACGCUGCCCGCCAAGAAGGACAAACCCCCCCGCCCCGUCAUGUACGCCAAGUCCCUCGUGCACACCAUCGGGGGCAUCGGGCGCAGCCGCCACAAGGACAAGAAGAAGGCCUCGGGCGGCGACGCGCUGCCCUCCGAGGAGCAGCAGUGGGCCUGGGCCGCGGCCGAGUCGCGCCGCCUCCACGCCGCCGCGCAGCAGCAGCGCCAGCGGGAGGACGACGACCUGCGCCUCGCGCUGCGCCUGUCGCGCGACCACCGCUGACGUCACCGCUGACGUCACCGCCACACGAUCAAACUAAUGUCGCGGCCCUACGCCCGGGCUUAACAAAAUUGAUUCAUAUUGUUUACCACUUAUUUGUGUUAUUUUAUUCCUCGUGACAUGUGCGGUCACCUGGGGCCUACAGUAGAGUUACAUUACAAAUGUAAAUAACAAUAGUGUCAGCAGCCGGGCCGGCGGCUCGCGGGCGGUCGGCUCGCGAUCGGUCGGCUCGCGGUCGGUCGGCUGGCGGUCAGUCGGCUCGCGGUCGGUCGGCUCGCGGUCGGUCGGCUGGCGGUCGGUCGGCUCGCGGACGGUCGGCUCGCGGGCACACGCUCAACGAGCGUCUUGUAAAUAGUAUUGCUUGUGUAGAUCGGCGAGGUAAUGAUGAGGUCGCGCAGCUGCAGCGGCGCCCGCUGUCUGUCUUAUUAUUUUAGUGUUUUAUAUAAUAUAAUAGAUUUUUAUACAAGUAACUUACAAAGUGCAUCACAUUUCUAACAUAGUUUACAAUUAUUACGUAACCUCAUCAUUAUUUGGUUGAAUCGGAAGAAAUGUUAUUUUUUUGCGAUAUUGAUCUGUAGAUAUUGUAUUGGAGUGAUGUAGGCGAAAUAAAAGAACUGUUCAAGUCGAUAAUUCGUGUAAUACUGUCAUAUUGUGUGUGCAGUUACAAAUAUAAGGUUAGGCGAAAUGGACACUACACAUCCCCCUUUUUUUUAAAAAAAAAUUACAUUAUUACAUAAUUCUUCUAAUAAAAAAGGGGGAGGUGUAGUGUGCAGCUCGCCUAACCUUAUAUUUGUAGCUGCACACUACACUAUGUAUUUCAACGAUUAUGAUGUUCCGCACUGUCCGUGACGUCACUCGUUACAAUAAGCAUUCGCUUUGUUAUUAAUUUGUAUAUAGCUGAUCUAAACGAGCGCCCGUUCUGAGAUACGCAUUCAAGCCGUCGUACAGUGUGACGUCACAGUCCAGUAGAAGACUCCAAAGAAAUAGCAUCAAGCACCACCGAAUAUUCAACUAACGAUCACGAAUCAUAUUUCUUAGGUUUUAAUUAUUUAGGCGUUAUCGACUAAACGACGCCCAUUGCCCAGCGCGACCGCUUGUCAACGAAUGUGGGCCGGGGGCACGGCCGCACCGCCCCGUGGCCGCGGGGGGGCGCCGCUAGCACCGCCGUCGUGCUAGUCGCUCGUAGGUUAACCGACAUGUAAUCUGUAUCAUAUGGUAUAUUAUAUUGAAAUUGUUAACUCUUUCUUAGGAGCCGUUGUGUGUAGGGUCGGGGCGGUAGUGGUGCGAUGUACCACGCAGCGCCACGCGCGCGCCCCGACCCGACUCUGUUGUUGUUUCCAAAUCGUAACUUUCUGUUCCGAAAUAAAAUGUAAGCUUUAACGUAGUUAACUACUGUACUGGAUCAUUUAAAUAGAUGAGGUGUAUUAUAUGUAUAAGUAGAUAAUAUUGACUUUAUAACCCGCUCGGAGUCGGAGAGCGCACAGUAGCGUAGCACUCUGCUGGCCUUGUCCACGAGUGCUUGUGUUGUGAACCGGCACGGACUCUGAGAUCGUGCACUGAUGUUCCCCGCAGCGAUCCGCAAAUAUGAUUGUUUAAGUUAAUUUUUGAUGGCUGUGUUUUGUUUGCGACGACUCGGUGUGUCGACCUCCAACGGAACACGCAUUUGGAAAAUGAUAACGUUCAAUGCGAGAGUAAAGAAGGUCGACUUUAUUACAAUGAAGGAAUGGACGUUGCGUUCAAUCAUAAUGACUCAUUGAAUCAUUGAGUCAUUGUAUGCCUCGAGAUCUGCAUUUUAUAGGCUGAGCUCCGACGGCCGAGUAGAUGUCACAUUCCGUUAUUAAGUAGAUAGCUCUUACCGCAUUCCGUCAUACUAUUUGUUAUUUUCGAUGAAGAUUGAUUGGGCAGCAACGGACUGCGCGAUCUAAAUUACUUCAUUUUGAUAAGGUCGAUGGGUUGGAGCACACGUCAUUACCCCUGUUGUAUCUACUGUAAUUAUAACUAUGAUAUUAAAUUAUUAUGAACAUCCUCGAAUAAAAAGGGAUUGUUAAAAA